AUGGCCACUCCAGGAAGGGGCUACUGGGACGAUGAAGCUCGUACUAAGGAGGCCAUCCGACCAGAUGAGGAUGGUACUCUGUGGAUGUACACAGGCGACGAAGCAAGUAUGGACGAAAACGGCUAUGUGCGCAUCACUGGACGCAUCAAGGAUCUGAUCAUUCGUGGCGGCGAGAACAUUCAUCCUCUGGAGAUCGAGAACGCCAUUCUCAAACUGCCGUCCGUGACGGAUGUUUCUGUUGUCGGAUUGCCAGAUCAAAAAUACGGCGAGGUGGUUGCAGCUUUCAUCAUGCCGAAGAACGCACAUGCGAGCGAGAAAGAGAAAACCGAGAUGGCGAGAGAAAUCAAGCAGUGGGUCAAGGAGACAUUGUCGAACCAUCUGGUCCCAAAGUACAUCUUUUGGUCCGAAGGAUGGCCGAAGACGGCGAGUGGGAAGGUGAGCAAUGAAUCUGACGAUACAACGUUCAAACAAAGCUAA